AGCAUAUAUAAGAAAGAAAGUGGUGAAGAUGAGAGGCGUAACACCAAACUAUCACCAUUCUUACACUUUCUUCUUCUUCUUCGUUGUCUUAUUAGCUCUGUUUCGUCUUGUGUUCACGAUCAAUACUUUGUCAUCUACGGAAACUCUGACAAUCUCAAGCAACCGAACCAUUGUAUCUCCCGGUAAUGUCUUCGAGCUUGGUUUCUUCAAAACCACAACAAGCUCUCGAAAUGGUGAUCGUUGGUAUCUUGGGAUUUGGUACAAGUCAAUCUCUGAGAGAACUUAUGUAUGGGUUGCUAACAGAGACAAUCCUCUUUCCAAAUCCAUCGGAACAUUAAAAAUCUCUUACGCUAACAUUGUCCUUCUUGAUCAUUAUGAUACUCCUGUUUGGUCAACGAAUCUGACGAGAAUGGUGAAAUCUCCAGUGGUGGCAGAGCUUCUCGAUAACGGCAACUUCGUGCUUAGAGACUCCAAAAGCAACGAUCAAAAUCGAUUCUUGUGGCAAAGCUUUGAUUAUCCGGUUGACACUUUGCUCCCGGAGAUGAAAAUUGGUCGGAAUCUCAAAACAGGACACGAGAGUUUCCUCAGUUCUUGGAGAAGCCCUUAUGAUCCCUCAAGCGGAGGCUUCUCUUUCAAACUCGAAACUCAAGGGCUGCCUGAGUUUUAUCUUUACAAGAAAGAGUUUCUAUUGUACCGAUCCGGUCCGUGGAAUGGAGUCGGGUUUAGUGGCAUACCGACGAUGCAAAACUGGAGCUACUUUGACGUUGUUAACAACUUCAUAGAGAACAGAGAGGAAGUUGCUUACAGUUUCAACGUCACCGACCAAAGCAUGCACUACGUGAGAUUUACACUGACAUCCGAAGGAUUAUUACAGAUAUUCAGAUGGGUUACGAUAUCAUCGGAAUGGAACUUGUUUGGGGUUUUACCGACCGAGAACUGCGAUUUGUACCAAAUCUGUGGUCGUGACAGUUAUUGUGACAUGAAAACGUCACCGACGUGUAAUUGUAUCAAAGGCUUUGUUCCAAAGAACGUGACGGCGUGGGCGUUGGGAGAUACGUUCGAGGGAUGUGUGAGGAAGUCGCGGUUGAACUGCCACGGAGAUGGUUUUUUUCUGAUGAAGAGGAUGAAGUUGCCGGAGACAAGUACAACAGUUGUGGACAAGAGAAUUGGGUUGAAUGAAUGUAAGGAGAGGUGUUCUAAGGAUUGUAACUGUACCGGGUUUGCGAAUAAGGAUAUUCGAAAUGGUGGGUCGGGUUGUGUUAUUUGGACCAGAGAGCUCAGAGAUAUGAGGAAUUACGUUGCCGGAGGUCAAGAUCUUUAUGUCAGAAUAGGCCUCUAUAAUUAGACAUGAAAGUUGGAGAUCUUGAUAUUUUAGAAGAUCGGAUAUUCAUAUGAUCCGUGAUUUAUAAAUAUCUAUAUAUAGC